GCGGGAGGGCAGGAAGGACUGUCGUCCUCCGGCGCGGUGCCGGGCACCGCAGCGGCAGAAAGCGGGGGCUCUGCCCGGCAGGAAAGGCAGGUAGCACCGCCCCGCCCUGCCAGCGCGUCCCCGCCCUCCCAACACGCCGACUAGGGGGACGCGCUUCGCGGGGAGGCGGAGGAGGCCGGCGGCCCGGCCAUGUCUCAGGAGAGCUUCCCGGCCGCGACCCAGCAGAGCCCGGAGGCGGAGGACGAGGCCCGCAGGUCAGCGCCCAGUGGGGCAUUCUUGGAGGAAAUGAUUGUUGCCAAACCAGGGAAAACACCAAUUCAGUUGUUACAUGAAUAUGGCACGAAGGCUGGUAUCACUCCUGAGUACAACUUUGAGAAGGCUGAAGGACAAGUACAUCUUCCAAGUUUCACCUUUAAAGUCACAGUAGGUGAAAUAACGGGCACAGGUGAAGGCCAUAGCAAGAAGAUUGCAAAACACAGAGCUGCAGAAGCUGCCUUGAAUGUUUUGAAAGGAAAUCCAAGUAUUGGUCUUUCAGUGCCAGACUCCAUAGUUCCAGAUUCUCCAAAGCAACCACAAAAUCAGACCAAUCCUAUAGGUACAUUACAGGAACUGGCUGUUCAGAAGGGAUGGAGACUUCCUGAAUAUUCACUUGCACAUGAGUCGGGGCCUCCUCACAAGCGAGAGUUUACAAUGACUUGCAGAAUAGAAACAUUUGUAGAAACUGGGACUGGGACAUCUAAGAAACUAGCAAAGCGAAAUGCUGCUGAAAAAUUACUUGCCAAAUUCCACAGGUUUCCUCCAGAUAGCAUCAAUAUUUCCUUAGGAAAUAAUUUAGGAUGUACAUGGGAUGUCUUAAGGGACUCAUCAGAAGAAAAAAUUACCUUACUGAAGAGAAGUCCACUCAGUAUUCCUAAUAUAGAAUAUGUCCAACUACUUGGAGAAGUUGCAGAAGAACAAGGUUUUGUUAUAACAUAUUUGAAUAUAGAGGAGCUGAGUGUGAAUGGACAGUACCAAUGUCUUGCUGAACUCUCAACCAAUCCAGUCACAGUUUGCCAUGGUACUGGGAUUUCUUGGGGCAAUGCUCACAACGAUGCUGCUCACAAUGCAUUACAGUAUUUAAAGAUCAUGGCUGGAAGAAAAUAAACUUGAAAUAGAAAAAAUCUUCUGCUAAAGAUUUAACUUAAAAGAUAUUUCCAAAGUUGGAUGUUCUCAUGUAUGUAGUUCAAAUUUAUUUUGGGCUAUUUUUAAGUCACUCCACAAACACAAUUUUAAUUAUUCAUUACUUUGAAAUGAGUCAGUUAUCAUACAGUUUUCAUUUUGGAUUGGUUUACACUAUUUAGCUCUCAGUAUUGUAAAGCAGCGAGGACAUUAAAUUACUGCUUGCAUACUUACUGAAGCAUAAACGCUCCCUUAUGGGAAACCUGUAGGGAGAAUUAUAAAUUUGAUACCAGAGUUAGAGAACACAGACAUCAAAGAUGGUAGCGAUAGGAAGACCAGUCCUACAGUGUGAUGAGUACCCCCAAACACCAUAGUUUUCAAUGGGCAUUGGGGCUUGUCUGUUCCUUGCAAGGGCAGGCCUUUGAAGAGCAUAUUCUGUUGCUAUUUAUAACCCAAUGGAAAUGUAUCUGAUUAUAUGCUUUAAAAGAUGGGCAUGGUGUUUUAUUAAAGUUCCCAUUUUAUUUUUACUUCAUUGAGUGAAUGGUGGCCUUUUAAACCCAUUAUCUGAGAUUGGCACUUGAAAGCAAUGUAAUGGCUACAGAAACAUUACUGCCCUUUUUUAAUAAAGAUAUCUAUAAAUGUCAUUAGCUGUUCUUUAAUAAAUUAAGGUUAACUCCUGUAA